AUGUUUCCCGAUUACCCCAGGCCAGAGCAUGUUGCUGGUGCCUACUCUGGCAUUGAAAUCUCCCAAAAGCACAAGUUUAUCAGUGUGAGGAACUUUGUGAAGAGCUCUGUCAAGAGACUCGUAAAAGCCAUCUUUUAUGCUUUCUUCAGCAUCCAGAGUGAUCUCACACUGGAUCCAAACACGACAUACAUUCGUCUCUGUCUGAAUAAGGACAACAGGAAAGUGAAACAUAUGAAAAAGCGUCAGUUGUAUCCUGAUCAUCCAGACAGAUUUGAGCACUGUGAGCAGGUUCUGAGUGUUGAGAGUCUGACUGAACGCUGUUACUGGGAGACUCAAUGGAGUGGCUGGGUUAAUAUAGCAGUCACAUAUAAAGGAAUCAGCAGGAAAAGAGGAAGUAACUGUCAGUUUGGAUACAAUGACAAAUCCUGGAGUCUGUGGUGCACCGAUAAUGGAUUUGCUGUCUGGCACAAUAAUGUCAGGACUGACUUACCGGCUCCUUCACUACGGUCUGAUAGAGUAGGAGUGUAUGUGGACGUGUCGGCCGGCUCUCUGUCCUUUUACAGCAUCUCUGACACACACACACUUACACUCUUACACACAUUCAACACCACAUUCACUGAACCCCUCUAUGCUGGAUUUAGGGUUUAUUAUGCUUCUUCAGUAUCGCUCUGUCAGAUUAAAUCACCCACCAGUCACACAUGA